CUUUUUCUCGUUCGGUCUAUGGUGAUAUUUUUUCAGUUUGACUUUUAGCGUUGAGCGAGAAAAUUCAGAAAGGCGAUCUAUAAAUUUAUACAAUUUUUUUUACGUUUACUGACGAAUCAGCCACAAGGCAUAUAGAAAAUCUGGAGUAAAUAGACAUUAACAAGAGUGGAAAAUUCCUUGUCGAAAAUAAAAUAAAAAAUAUUGAGCCAGAGAGUGAUGUGUUCUUGAUAAUUCAUGGUCAAUAAACAAGACUUUAAGUGCUGUAUGAUGUUCUAAAUUCUUGUGAGAAGAGUAUAUCCACAAAUAUAGAAAAUGGAGGACAGUGCUGAUGAAACACCGAGCUCAAAAAUACGCGAUUUAAUCAGUGCAUCGCUAUUAGCUACGCCCGACAAGCAUAAAUGUGAUGAAAAUAAUAAUAGUAAUAGCACACCAUCGACAUCAACAGCAACAGAUGCGGAAAAAUCAUCAGAAAAUGCUCAUAAAAGCACUAAUAAUGACAGUUGUGUGGAUGACGAUCGUGAUGAAAAGUCGGAAAAGAUAAAACCAAAAAAGAUGGUCGGGUUAUUCCCGCUCGACUUAAGAUCAGAGCUCAAACAGCGUGUUGGUGGUGGAAAGUCUGGAUUUGCUCUAAAAAAAUCGUCAACACAUUAUGACGUAUCAAAUAAUUUAGUGAUGAGUGAACCGAUUUCAAUCGGAUUCGGUAGGAAGUCAUGUGAUCGUCCAAAGACAGAAAUAAAGAAGAAAGACGACAGCGAUGAUGAGGACGGAGGUGUUGAAAAUUUGUCGUUUAAGGAAAAACUGCAAUUAAUCGAACGCAGUAGCAGCCGAAAUGCUGUAAAUUCAUUAGCACAACAAAUUUCAUUGGCGAAGAGUAAAAGCACAUCGAUAGUAUCGCAAGAGGCAUCGGAAGCGGUGAAGGAAAGGUUAAAGCGUUUGAAUGAUUUAGAAAAUAAAAAUAGGACAGCGAGUAUUGAUCAAACUUCAUCUGACGAGGACAACGAUAAGAUGAGACCUGAACAAGAGUCAAUAGCUAAGAAUGGCUCAAUUGCUGAGCGUUUAGCAUUAUUGAAAAAUAAUGGUGAGAACAAUUGGCGAAAACGAGUUACAAAAAAAGAAGUCGGUGAGGAAAUUAAACGCGAUAGCUUAGUCAGUGAUGUUUUAAGCUCUGUGACAUUGCGAGAGAAAGAAAAUGAGUUCCCAAAACCACAGCUACGACAGGUUAAGUCGGUUGAUAUUGGUGCUAGUAAUUUAUUGGAUCGAUUAGAACAUUUAAAGAGUAAUACAGAAAAAUGGAAGAAUAGAGUUGAACAUUCAGACGCAUCAAAUUUCAAAAUAUCAAAUGACGAAUCGGAUGACCCACCAGAAUUGCCAUUCAAUCGAGACAGCACAAAGUCACAUCCACCAAUGAAGGUCUUCAAGUCAGAUAAAAUUCAGUCAUUUAAAUUAUCAAAAAGCACAUCAACUGCUAUAUUUGGAGCUCCACAGAAAACCUCAGUCAGAACUUUCACAAGAUCAACGAGUGUUCAAGAGUCUAAUGAGGCACAACCACAGAAUGUGAAAGGUUUAAGAAUACAAUUACCGACAUUAGAUCAAGGAAUUGACAGCUUCUUUCCAAAAGCAGAAAACAAUGAACAGCAAUCACCUGAAUCUGUAGACAUAACAGACUUUGAUGAAAUAAAAGUGGAAUCGACGAUUCUAUCCAAAAGAAAAAUCACACAGGGACCAAAACGACGACGUCCUGUAAGUGCAAUGAAAGCACUUGCGCAACUAAGGACAGACACAAUAUCCGAAUACACAGAACUCGUUCAAUGCGAUUCGCCAAGUCCUACAGACUUUAAAGACACAAAGAAGAGUAAAUUUACAGCUGAAGCACUUGCUGGAUUACAAGCAACAGAAGAUUUUACAGCUGUCACAUUGAAAUCAAGCUCCGAACCACUUAAUGUUACACACUUGCCAUAUAAAUCACCAAUGCUGAUACACAUUAAAGGUCGUAGACAUGUCCAAUGCAGACUCGUUCCUGUAAAAUUUUCAAGCUUAAAUGAUGGCGACUGCUUCGUACUCGUCACAAGUGAGAAGCUGUUUAACUUUAUAGGACGAUUUGCAAAUGUUAUCGAGUCCAAAGUAUGCAAAGAUAUGUGCACAUCAAUUCUACGUGAUAAAGAUCUUGGAUGUAAUGCAAAUAUGCUCUUGUCAAUAACAGAAAGGAAUCUCGAUGGACAUAAUGGAAAAAUGUUUUGUAAAAUUUUAGAACGCGACGAAGAUGAGCCAUUGACAAGUGCUGGCCAUUCCGAUGAAGAUGAAUUGAUUGAGGCGUGCUUACAGGAAACAAAUAUGGUUUAUGAGUUACAGGAUGAUUCUCUUGUGCCAGUCGAGGACUUUUGGGGUCAAGUCUUGACAAUAUCGAUGAUUAAUUCGAGAAAAAUUUUCGUUCUUGAUUUUGGAUCGGAAGUGUACGUGUGGUGUGGAAAGAAUGCUUUGCCUGACGAUAAACGUACCGCUAUGACUUUGGCUGAAGAGCUUUACGAGACACCAUUUUAUUAUAAUUCAUGUCAUUUAAAUCCACUUGAUUAUUCUGUAAUUUGUGGACAUAGAAAGUCACAAAAAGAUGUGAAAAUGAAUGGAACUAAACGACCAGAAUUUGCAUUCCUGGCCAGAGUCAAUCAAAAUAUGGAAACAAUCCUCUUUAAACAGAAAUUCUCAGACUGGCCAGACAUAAAAUUCCAGAACAAAAGUAAAAUUCCUCAUGUUGAUUGCAAUGAAAUUGAUCAUAUUGAUGGAUCACAUUUGUUCAGAAGCUAUGUCUAUGAGGAACCAAAUCUGGUACUUGAGAACUCAUGCCUUGGCAGAGGAAACAAUUACUUUGAUGAAGAUACAAGACGCUAUUUUGAAGUUAUUACAGUCAUGGUCAAAAAAUGGCACGCCAAUUCAUAUGGAAAUGAGGAGCUUCCGAAUGAUCUCCAUCCGCACUUUUAUGCAACGGAAGCAUAUACAGUAUUGUGGAAAUAUCAAAUAAACAUCACCGUACGAGAAUUAAGUGGUAAGGUGUCAAAUCGAAGUACAGUCGGAAGAGAUCGUUAUGUUUAUUUUAAUUGGCAAGGCAAAGAUGCAACAGCAAGUGAAAAAGGAACAUCCACACUACAUAUGAUUGAGUUAGACAAAGAGAAAGGUUCACAAAUGAUUAUUCAGCAAUUUACAGAAAUUCCAGCAUUUGUGCGACUCUUUAAGACAAUAUUUAUUCAUAAGAAGCGCAUUGAUGAGUCGCGAUAUGACUCAUGGCGAAUGUAUUUAAUUACUGGUGGAAGUGAUAUCAAUGAGGCUAUUGCUCUUGAAGUGCCAUGUGAAUUACAGCAAUUACGCUCGCGAGCUUGUAUUUUUAUUGUGCAAGGCAAAAAUGGUCAGCUUGUGCUGUGGAAGGGUUCGAAAACAUCAGAGCAGCAACAAAAAGUCGCACUCAGCGUCUGUUCCAAAUUGUGUGGCAAAAAGUACAGCGAGUUCUUCUCAACUGAAAAGAUUCGUUUACGUGAAUAUGCUGAAGGUCAGGAAAGUUCAGAAUUCUUUAGUGCUUUAUGUGCUGACGAUAAUGACACGAAUAGAGAAGCUUAUAACAGCUUAUUGAAACACGAGGAGUCGUUUGACUUUACGCCAAAACUGUACGAACUGACGAGCACAAAUGGCUCCUUUGAAGCAAUAGAAGUCGUACCCGGAUUGAGGAGUAAAGACCAUUACACAGCAUUUCCAUUCGUUCAAACGGAUUUGUAUAAUGCGCGACAGCCCACACUCUUUCUUAUUGAUAAUGGAUAUGCUUUAUAUCUGUGGCAAGGAUGGUGGCCAAAAUAUGUCGAAGAAAAUGGCAAGAGUCAGGAUGAAGUGGAUGUGAAUAAUGUUGAGAAUCGUGCGGGUGAAAAUCGUUGGCAUUUAGAGCGCUGUGAGGCUAUGCAGACAGCUAUUGACUAUUGGAAGGCAAAGUGCGGUCACAAUGAGAAAUAUCGUAAGGAUGUAUACAUUGUAACAGCUGGAUAUGAGCCAAUUGAGUUCCGAACAAUAUUCCCCGAGUGGAUUGUUCAUGAUGAUGUCGUUGAGCUGAAUAGUCAGAAUCCAUCAAAAGAAAUGAUGCAACUUGAUGAGUAUUUAACGCGAUUCCAUCAGACAACAUAUCCAUUAGAUGCUCUUCUUGCCAGACCUUUACCAGAGUAUGUAAAUCCAACAAAACUCGAGGUGUAUCUUGACGAUGAUGAUUUUGAAAAGACUUUGGGAAUGACAAAAGAUGAAUGGAAGACUUUACCGUCGUGGAAAAAGACAAAUUUGAGGAAGGAACACGGAUUGUUUUAAAAUUAUUUUUGUCACAGCUUUUUUUGGACUUUUUUAAAUGCACAUUCAUGUGAUUAUUCAUUGGAUCAAAAUAUCUUUAAAAACAAUUUCUUAUAAAUGUUUAACGCAGUGGGACUUUGAGCUUAUAAUGCAGCCUGCUUAUGAGUUCAAGUGUCAUCAUAGAAGAAAAUAUCGAGAAAAAGAUUGAAUUUCGUGCCUGAAAAUUUUUUAUACUGCAACAGCGAUAAGAAAGAAUAACUUUUGAUAUGAAAAUUAGCAAUUUUUUAAUGAAUAGACUUAGAUGAUGGUUUGGGCACUCAAAUGGAUUUAGAUUUAAGAGUAUAGCUUUAAACAUGAUGUGCUGCUAAUUAUUCGACGGAGGGAUGACUAAUAAUGAAUUUUGAGCUUUUUCAAAAAUGUCAUUAGUUGAUUCUAAGUCUAGGAGUAAGCUAGACAUCAUGUCUAGUGUUUUAUUCGAGAAUUUUGUUAAGGGGCCAUUCACUUAUUACGUUACGCUUUUAGGUACGUAAUAAGUGAACAGCCCCUAAUUGAAGCUUUAAAUUUGAUUUUUGUGAAAGCUAUAAUUGGAUGAAAAAGUAUCAAUUAUGAUAGCUCUUAAAAAAGUUGGGUUGACCCAACCAAGAAGUCAAACCAGGUUCAAAUCCUAAAAUAGUAAAAACAAGAAUAGCUAUCCAUCGCGUAUUAGUUUUUUUUUCAUAUUUAUCUAAACCAUAAACCAGCAUAAACCCCAUUAAAGUGCCCCAAACCUCAAGUAAAUCUGCCUUGAAAGCAUUUCAACUUACAAAUGCUUGAUAAAUGUUCAUUCAUAUCAUGAUGGC